AUGUUGGCAUCGCUUGGCUUGCAGCAACUUGGUGUCUUACCUUUGACAAGCAUGAUCACGCAUACGAGGCAGUGGUUCAGUGGCUAUGAGAGAGUGUUGACGUUCAAUAUGCGUUGGCCGCGCCAAGCAAGUGUCCGUUUACCAAACGCAUUUCACGUUCGAGGUGAUCAUGAAGGUGUACAAGACUUCUAUACGGAUCAACGGGGUACAUGCGAAAAGGACCGCAAUAGCAAUGUUUGCAUCAAGGACUCUAUUGGUACAUUAUUGCAGCACAUACUGGAUCGCAUGGAUACAAGGUUAUCUGCAAGCAUCAUUGAAAUGGUAUUGGGAAUACCUCAAGGAACAACCUAUAUCUUUGAUAUCAGCAAGCGUUCUAUCUCUUGGUGGUUCUGGAUAUUGGCGAUUCCUUUGAUGGAUCUUUACAACUAUACGUGUCUUAUGGAUGGAUCAUGUCAUCAACAAGCGAUGAGAGUCCGCGUUGACAGCUUUGGUGUUACCAAGGUCAUUUAUGCAUCUCCUCAAGGCAUUCAUCGUCAAGCUGCAUUCGAUUUCCAAUGA